ACAGAAAAAAUAAAAUCUAAUUGCAUACAUAUAUAUAUAUAAUAAUAUCAUUUUGGCUUCUCUAUUUUUCCUUGAAAAACAACCAAAAAGGUCCAACUAAUUUCUCUUUGGUUUCUUUCUUUCACUAGAUCUCUCAUGGCUUCCUGCAUCGCUCCCGUUGCCAUCUCAGGUGGUUCUCAUCUUCAGGCAAGUGAAAUUUGUUUCGCUAAGUCCAGCACCUUUGGCAAAAUACCAAGUUUGGCAGUUCAGAGGAAACCAAUGGCAUCUAAUCAUCGGUUUUCUGUUUGUGCAGAGUACCGUGAUGGCACUAAGGGUGGAGGAAACGAUUUUGCUGCUGGUUUUCUUUUAGGAGGUGCUUUAUUUGGAACUCUGGGAUAUAUUUUUGCACCACAGAUUAGAAGAUCCCUGUUAAAUGAAGAUGAAUAUGGAUUCCGGAAGGCAAAGCGACCAAUUUACUAUGAUGGAGGUCUAGAGAAAACGAGGCAGACCCUGAAUGCAAAAAUCCGCCAACUCAAUUCUGCAAUUGACAAUGUAUCCUCGCGUUUGAGAGGUGGAAACAAUUCACCAAGUGUGCCGGUUGAGACAGACGCUGAAGUAGAAGCUACUAUGUAAGACAUAUUUCAAUGUGGUUAGUCAUGAAGUUCCAAGUUUACAGUGAUUGAUGGAUUUACCUGUUCUGCUAUGAAUUCUGAAUUCCAAGUGUUUGAGAAUUUUAUAUGGGAUUAAUGCAGUUUUAUUAUGUUUUUAGUUUUUUUUA